GUUCACCAGAACCGAACUAGCAAGCUUCUUUUACCUUAAAAGACUUUUUAUCAGAGCAUUUUAAAAAUGAAGGUUUCAGAGGACCAGGUUGUUGAAGAAAAUGCUGGUUACCAGGAUGAUGAGGAAUCCUUCUUCCAAGACAUUGACCUCCUACAGAAACAUGGGAUUAAUGUGGCAGACAUCAAGAAGCUGAAGUCUGUGGGUAUCUGCACCGUGAAGGGGAUUCAGAUGACCACUCGUAAGGCUCUGUGCAACAUCAAGGGGCUGUCUGAGGCAAAAGUGGAAAAAAUCAAGGAGGCUGCUGGAAAAAUGCUGAAUGUUGGUUUCCAGACCGCCUUCGAGUACAGUGCAAGGAGGAAGCAGGUGUUCCACAUCACAACAGGGAGCCAAGAGUUUGACAAACUUUUGGGUGGAGGUAUAGAGAGUAUGGCCAUCACAGAGGCCUUUGGAGAGUUUCGCACAGGGAAAACACAGCUGUCUCACACACUCUGUGUUACCGCUCAGCUGCCUGGGGAGGACGGCUACUCUGGAGGCAAAAUCAUCUUCAUUGACACAGAGAACACCUUCCGUCCAGACAGACUGAGAGACAUCGCUGACAGGUUCAAUGUGGACCAUGAUGCUGUGCUUGAUAAUGUGCUUUACGCCCGGGCUUACACCAGUGAACACCAGAUGGAGCUCUUGGACUUUGUGGCAGCUAAAUUCCAUGAGGAAGGAGGAGUGUUCAAGUUGCUGAUCAUCGACUCCAUCAUGGCUCUGUUCAGAGUGGACUUUUCUGGUCGAGGUGAGCUGGCUGAGCGGCAGCAGAAACUCGCUCAGAUGCUCUCUAGGCUGCAGAAAAUCUCAGAAGAGUACAAUGUGGCUGUGUUCAUCACCAACCAAAUGACAGCAGACCCUGGUGCAGGAAUGACGUUUCAGGCUGAUCCAAAGAAGCCAAUCGGGGGACACAUUCUGGCCCAUGCCUCCACCACUCGGAUCAGCUUAAGGAAGGGACGUGGAGAGAUGAGAAUAGCCAAGAUAUUUGACAGCCCCGACAUGCCUGAGAACGAGGCCACCUUUGCCAUCUCUGCAGGAGGAGUUACUGAUGCCAAAGAGUAAAGGAUAGAGCAAGAAAGAAACGUGUCAUCACAGCUCAUGGUCUCUGAAUAUUCAUAGUAAUUUAAGCAUUUUAAUGGACUUAUUUAUUGAUUUAUAGGACUUAAUAUAAACGCUAAGUUAUUGUGAACUGGAUACGGUUCAUGCAGUUCUUCUAUACGUUUGGUGGUAUUUUGUGAUAUUUUUCAAGUGAUUCAAAAUUGUUUAAA